UGUAUCCAUUGAAAUAAAAAAAAAAAUUUCUCUACUAGUGUUGGUGUUUUCUUUUGAAUGUAUUGAAAUUUGCUCUGUCGUAAACAGCGUUUGGGCAUCCCUGUUCUCAAAGACUACAAAAUCACAACACAUUCACGAGGAAUAAAAAUGAACAUUGACAGGCUGAUCAGCGAAGUCGAGCAGCGUCCCGCUCUGUGGGAUGCCACCCAUCCGGAGCACGCUGACCAAGGGGCGAUAAGGCGCGAAUGGCUCGGCGUGGCCGAAGCAAUGAAUGCUAAUGUGGGGCUGUGUCGGCGCAAGUGGCAGAGCUUGCGCCGCAGCUAUCUGAGGUGCGUUAGCUUACGCAUCCCGUGGAUCCACGCCGAAGCGAUGCGAUUUCUAGGCAACGGCAACGACGAGAACGAUGAGGAGAUCGACGACAACUACUUCUUCGUCAUUAGUUUGUUGACGACGAUGAGGAGGAUGACGCCAUUGCUAAAUAUCGAAUUUCGCACCAUGGUGAUGGAUGGUUUGCGCUGUAUGAUGACCAAAAUGCAACAGGAGCAACAGGAGCCAUCCAGCACCACACUUUAAAAUAAACAAAAAAAAUUCCAUACAUUUAAUAUAUAAAUA